GCAAGCUAGGGAAGCCGCUAUUUUGGCUUAUGACUCUUCUUUUAUUGGUGAAGAUGAGUUCGUACUUCUUUACGAUAUGUGCCAUUUAAAAAAACCCGAAUUAUCGUACCAAAACUACGAGAGUUUUGAAUUGAACAACAUCGAUGAAGCUGAAUGCGAUCGCGAGGUUCAAUUUCGCUUUAAAAAACAUGAAGUUCCUGUUCUUGCUCGUGCGAUGGGUGUGCCUGGACGAUUCACAUGCCCACAAGGAACUAUUUGCGACGGAAUGGAAGCUCUGUGCAUGCGGUUGCGGCGAUUUUGCUACCCGUGUAGGUAUAGUGACUUGGUUUCGAUGUUUGGUAGACCCGUCCCAGAGCUAAGUAUGAUUACAAACCAGGUUGUGGAUUUUAUUUAUGACCAACAUGCCCACAGGCUAACACAGUGGAACGAGCAGUUGUUGAGUCCUCAAUGCCUUCGAAGAUAUGCCGAAGCAGUGGCUCGUAAAGGGGGUGCAUUGGCGAAUUUUUUUGGUUUUAUUGACGGGACAGUGAGUGCAAUAUGUCGCCCUGGGCAAAUGCAGCGGUUGGUUUACAAUCGUCAUAAGCGUGUCCAUGCAUUGAAAUUUAAGGCAUUAGCGCGACCUAAUGGCUUAAUUGGAAACUUAUUCGGAUCUGUAGGUAUGUUCACAUGUUUAUGCCGGAACUGGUAUUUUAAUUUUUAUUGUUUACGUCACACACCCACGUUACUCCCCCAGAGGCUAAAAUCCUGUAGCAUAGCAACAAAAAGUGUGGUUUUUUAAUAUCAUCAACUUUGAUAGUGUUUUACUGUAAUGUUGUAUUUAUUAAAUGUUGUACGUAAAGCGUUUAAUCCAUGGACCAUGAUAUUCAUACACCUUUUGCAAAAAGGAUAACACAACAGGACUGUAAAAGGUUUGUUUAAUUCUUCUUUUGCAUAAAAUUGUUGGAGGGAAGAAGACAUGAUUCUGCCAUGCUUGUUGAUUCAGGCUUGUUGACUGCUCUAGAAGAGCGUGCAUUUGUUGAUUGCCAGCCUAUGUGUGUUUACGGUGACCCGGCAUACCCUCUUCGCAUACACCUUCAGGCACCGUAUAGAAACCGCCCAUACAUAACACCACAGAUGGAAGCCUUCAACAAUUCAAUGAGCACUGUUCAUGUUGCAGUUGAAUGGUUGUUUGGAGACAUUAUAAACUAUUUAAAAUUUUUAGAUUUUAAAAAAAAUUGA